GUGUGCCGCGCAUUCUGGACGUUUUAACAAAACCCCACAUCCAUUUCAUACGAAACAAUACACGAACAGUUAUCUAGGACCUUUAAAACAAUAUAUAACAGUGUAUUAACCAAUAGCUUUGUACAAAACAAUACAAUAUCAUCAAUUUCAAUGUUUGUUUAUUUGUUAUGCGAAGUGUCAAGAAUAGAUUCUUUUAUUAGAUCACUGUUGAUCUCAAUGCGUUUUGAAAGAUUUUUAAUAAUGGAUGAGUGAUGACGUCAGUGACAUUGCUUUAACAAUAAAAGUUCCCCAACGAAGGAAUAGUGAAACGCUUCCACCCGUUAAAAAUAAACCUGUCGAUAUGGAAGAAGAAUCACAACUGCAGUCGAUGUCCAUUAGGAAGAGGAGAAAUUUAUCAAAAAAUCGCGGCCAGAUCACGAGACAACGUGAAAAGACCCCUGAACCAGGGAGGACUAAUAUUCCUCAUGAAGACACGACGUCUGAUGAUGAAGAUGCGUUACCAAUACGUUCUUCGAGGGAAAUUGAAGCUGAUAACACAUAUGAAGAAAUGAAACGCUUAGUUCAGGAGCAAGCUAAUGCCAAAGAUCCUGAUGAUUUAGAUACAGAUGAAAUACUAGUAGCUAGAGCUCAAGCAGCUACUGAAAGGCGGCGUAGAAGUAUAUCACCGUUUGCGUUACCCGAUAAAGAAGAAAUUUGUCAUCUGGAACGAAAAGGCAGUUUUAUCGAUCCUGAAAAUAAACUUCUAAGUACCAACUACAGUUUGAAUCUUAAAGAUGAAGGCUUAAAUAGAAGAGGUUCACUACCAAUGGAACCCCAAAAUAAAAACGUAUCUAGAAACUCAUUAUCUCCUCCAGUGUCUCCUACAAAUAAAGAGUUGCCACAAAGUUUUCCCACACCUGCAAAAAAGUUAGAAGAAAUGGUUUAUCCCGAUGAAAUCAACAAGGAAACGGUAGAAAAACCAAAACAAGUUGAAACGAUAAAGCAAGAGGAACACAUAUUAGAAAAAGAAGUAAAACAAAAAUCAGGACCUCCACCUGCACCCGGAGAGCUUGUAACUAAAGUUAUACAAGUCGAACGAACGCCAAGUAAAAAACUUAGUCAAGAUCAAAAGCCUGUCGUGCAAGUAAGAGAAAGAGUUGUGAGGACCCCUAGUAGAAAGUCUGAUACUAAGCCAGUGGUGGUAAAACAAGGGGUCACUAAAUCAUCAACUGAAACACAAACUAAAGUGCCGCCAGUAAAACCAGCCAGAAGCAAAUCAUCGACGAGAAUAGUGAGUAAAACUAGCGAAAGUGAAAUGAGUGAAGAUCAACAAGAUGCCAAUUCUAAACGUAAAGUUGUAGCAGCACCGCGACGAUUUAGGAAAAAUAGAUCACCAAGAGAAAACAGAUCUCAUUCCAUUCAAAGAGUUGAAAACAUAAGAGAGCUUGAGAAAACAGGUACAGGAAUGAGUGAAACUAGUCGCGAAAUAAUAGAACUGUUGCAAAAAGCACGAGCUCGAAGUUUAUCUAUACCUAAAGAUGAUCCACGACUACCGUCUGAAUAUAGACAGUACAGUAAAACUUUGAAAACUCCCAAUAAAACACCAGUAAAUUUACGUCACACAAGGGGCAUAUCAUGUCCAAAAACUAUACAAAUUAUCAGCGAUAAGGAAAUUUUAUCUGGUUUAACAAAGACGAAAAUAAACGGAGAAAAUGAUAGAUACAGCAGACAUAGUUCAGGUUAUGUCGAUGCGAGUCAAUCUGAGUAUACAUCAAGCUGCUAUUCUUCAUCACCGAGCGAAAAUGAGUAUGAGUUCGAUUUACUUGAAAGAUCGGCUGAAUUAACACGUAAACUAAAUCAAUUAAGUAAGCGAGAAAGUAGAAACGAGAGGGACAAAAGUUUGAUAUCAGAAUUAGACCAAAAUACUGAAGUUGAUCUAAAGCCAGUGCUUAGAAAACGAUCAAUAGCAGAUAAACAUUUUGCCAAAAAAGUUGAAAAAGAAGUGGACAAGAAAAUAGAUAAAGAGGAAAUUAAACCCAAAAUCGUGAAACGAUCAAGAUGGAAGUUUAUAUCUAAUUGGCAAGAUUUUAAGAAAGAACAUAAUGUAGAAUGUGCAAAAAUAACAUCACUUAGAAAUAGAUGUAUUUGCGAUCUGCUUUUGCUUGUUAUAAUGUGUGGUUUAGGUGGAAUGAUGUUUAGAACUUUUGAGGGAUCCUUCGAAAAUGCUUAUAAGUGUAGUACAAGAAAUGUCAAAAGGGACUUCAUUGAAAGCCUAUGGCGUGGAAGUCAUUACCUCAGAGAGGAGGAUUGGAAGUCUCUAGCUAGGAAUAAACUGUAUGAAUUUGAGGAUCAAUUGCAUACAGCACAUGAGGCUGGAGUAACAUCUUACAGUGGACAGAGAUCUUGGAAUUUCAUGAAUUCGUUUGUCUAUUGCAUGACCUUGGUGACGACUAUUGGUUAUGGUCACAUAGCUCCUAAAACCACGUACGGUCGGGUUGCCACGAUAGUUUACGCUAUCAUCGGCAUACCGCUGUUCUUGAUCGUGCUGGCUGACUUCGGCAAACUGUUCACUAGGAUCAUCAAGUUCUUCUGGGCUUACAUACGUCGGUUCUACUACACUCGAAGUUGCAGAAGAGUCAGAAGGACGGUGCCUGUACAGGAGGUCAUGAAAGGUCUGAACACGUUUUACGACGUGGUACGUCGGCCAUCACAGAUAUUCUCCGAGGAAGACAUGGAAGGUGCGAAACCUGAUGGGGACCAGCCACCUCCGUUGCAGAGAAAGCCUAGCGAUGCACCACCACCUUUGCCCCCAAAACCUGGAACCCUCCCUAGGGACUUCGAAAACGAAACCGAACCAGAAACCCCAGCACCAUCUGUUUUCGAAAUAGACGACGAAUUCAACUUACCAAUAUCAGUAGCUAUAUUUAUCUUGGUAGUUUACAUAAUAAUCGGUGCUGUAGGUUAUAAUAUAUGGGAGGAUUGGAGCUUUUUCGAGUCAUUUUACUUCGUUUUCAUAUCAAUGUCUACCAUAGGUUUAGGAGACAUGGUGCCUGAUCAUCCGAUGUUUAUGAUGGCGUCAAUUUUGUAUCUAGUUUUCGGUUUGGCUUUAACAUCUAUGUGUAUAAAUGUUGUGCAAGUCAAAUUGUCUGAUACAUUCAAGCAAGCCAGUGCGAAGCUUGGUGCAACCAUUGGUUUGAAGGUAGCAGAGGAAGAUGGUAGUCUGGUUCCAAUAACUCCACCACCUAUAGAAGUACCGGCUGUCCAUAAACCAAAAUCAGAUACAGAAGAAAGCAAAAGUAAAGAGACGAUAGACGACGAUGCAAAGACUAGGUAAUCUUUUGCAAUAUUGUUAUAUAGGUUAUAGUAGUGGAGCCGAGAUGCUAAAUUUGCAGUUACUAGAAAGUCAUAGGGACCGUUUGCAUUUGGUAGAUUAAAUCAUAGAAAGAAUAAAAGGUUAUUUACUUUUUUCGCUUUUAGCGGUGAAUAAAAAACUACAGACUUGAAAAGCAAUUUUUAUUACUUUGGCUUACUGAAAUUGUCAGGAAAUUUUAGCGAAUAAUUAAGAGAUUAUUUCCUUCAAAAUAAGUAAAAAAUUAAUCGCGCUUGUAACUCGAGAACUAAAAUAUAAGGGUUUUAUUUUAUAACUGUGGGACCCUCCUUUUCCUUUACGUUACGCUCAAAUCGUCAGAUCUUCGAAAUGUACACCUUUUAACUAUCAACUCAACAAAAACAACAACCUUAUCUUAAUCUGACGUGCUGGUUGAGUAUUUCUGUAGUUAGUUAUUUUUUUGGUUGCCCUAAACGUACCCACCAAUAUUAAGGGCUCAUACUUGGUAGAGAUACUCAACAACGUGCAGGGUAUCCUUUAUGUUCAUCUGCCGCGCUCGAGUAACUGCAACAAUCCCCUCUUCGGCUCCUCUACUAUUAUGUGUGAUUAGUUAGGCAUUACAAGUGAUAAAGUUAUUUAAUUUAUAAACUUUUGUAUACAUUUACAAGAUUUUAUAUCGAUGUUUGUGCUGUGUGUGUAAAUAAAUUAUUGUUUCCA